CAACUAGGUGAACAUCUACUGUAGCCAAUCCUUUCCUUUGUGUUUGUUUGGACUCAAUCGUUCGCGCCACAUCCUGUUCUUAUUGGCCAACUUAUGACCGAUCCCUCUGUACAGCCACACCAUCUCAAUGAGGCAAACCUAUAUUCAACAUCUCUUGAGGAUCCAGUUAUAAUAGACCAUACUACUGAUAUAGGCCCUCGUUCACAAGCAGUACCCCAAUCAAUGCAACCUCAGUAUGAUACGAUUAAAAACAUUGAUUAUCAGCAACUACCUCAUCACCAACACCAACACCAGCAGCAACAGUCUCAUCCUCAACAACACAUAGGAUAUCCUAUGCAUACUAUUAUAGUUCCUGAACCAGCUGACGAACCACUUUAUGUAAAUGCAAAACAGUACCACCGUAUCAUCAAGAGAAGACUUGCUCGAGCAAGACUUGAAGAACUCACCACGAUUGCAAGAGGACGAAAACCGUAUUUACAUGAGAGUAGACACAAACAUGCUAUGAGAAGACCACGUGGCCCUGGUGGUCGCUUCUUAAGUGAGUUUACUGAUUGAUAAUUUCGAGCGCUUUGCUAAUGCAUUUGAAUUAUUCGUAGCUGCCCAAGAGAUUGCCGAGUUUGAAAGGUCUUCCAAACUUCCUGGUAAGGCCCAAGAGAAUAAUCCAAACGCAGCUGACUUACGGGAUGACUAGAG